AUGAAAGAUGUUAUUGUACAAAUUGUAUGAAAUUUCUUUUUAUAAUAAUCAAAUAGUUGUCAAAGGCAUUGAUAAAUUAUGAAGACCUAUUAAAAGAAGCAUAACUACUUUAAGAGAUAUGCCGAGUAAUAUAAACUAUAAAAUUAAUAAGUAAAAAAUUUGGUAGAGUUUGAGAAGAUUUUGGAAAAGAAGACAUCUGAUUAUGCUUUAUUAAUAGAAGUGA